AUGUCGUUCAAAUCGAUCAUGGUGCAGCGGUUAGCCGCUCAGGAACCCCGGGCCCAUCGCUUCCAGAAUGCGCCAGUCUUCUAUCGCAAUCUCGAAGCGAUCAUGGACGAGAGACGCAAAGCAAAUCGAUUGCAUGUGUUGAUGGACGCUUCGCGGAAGAAAGCGGACUUCUCAUCGAAUGACUUCUUGUCUCUGGCUUCUUCUGGCCUCCUCAAGACCGAGUUCCUCAACGAGCUCGCCAGGAACCCAGACUUCCAAGUCGGACAGUCCGGCUCUCGACUCAUGGACGGCAACACCCAAUACCUCGAGAACCUCGAGCGCGAGAUGGCAGAAUUUUUCCGAGCAGACACCAGCCUCAUCUUCAACUCCGGGUAUGACGCCAAUAGCGCCAUCUUCGCUGUUCUACCGCAGAGCGGAGACGCCAUCGUCUACGACGAAUUGGUUCACGCGAGUAUCAUAGAUGGCAUGGAGCAGUCUCGCGCCACGAUCCGGAAGCCUUUUGUUCACAAUGAUCUCAACUCUCUCCGGGAAGUUCUCUUGUCCCUGCGGAAAUCUGAACCACAACUUGCCCAGGGCAAGAGCACAGUCAUCCUUGCCAUUGAGUCCGUGUACAGUAUGGAUGGUGACAUAUCCCCAGUGGAGGAUAUAAUGAAAAUCGCCCAGGAGCUCUUCCCUCUGGGAAAUACCGAGGUCUUCUUCGACGAAGCCCAUAGUACUGGGUUGAUGGGCCCACUCGGCCGAGGAAUGGCCUGUGAGCUGGGCAUCGAAAAGAAACUGGCAUGUCGCUUGCACACGUUCGGCAAAGCCCUGGGAUGUAACGGAGCCAUCGUCUUGGGAAGCGAAACCGUUCGAAAUAUGCUGGUAAACUACGCAAAGGGCUUCAUCUUUACUGCUGGGCCAGCAUUUCCCUUCGCCGCCUGCAUGAGAGCUGCCGUUAACCUCCUCCGGAACGGACAAGCAGAACCGAUGAGGCAAAAGCUCCAAUUCAACGUCCGAUACUUUCUCCGUACCCUGCUCCAACACCCCGUCUGGAAGGAGGCUCAGGAUACUAAGCUGCUGGCCAUCCCCGUGGCGGAGGACUACGAGUCCAAGGAGCUCCUCACCCAGAUCGUGCCCGUUUGGACUCAAGCCCGCGACAACCACCAUCUUGCGUCUCACCUGCAUCUUGCCGAUUACAAGGCCUACCCUGUCAGCUACCCCGUCGUUCCCAAGGACCAGGGGAGGAUCCGCCUUGUCUUCCAUGCGGGAAACACGACCGACGAAAUCGACACGUUGAUUCAAAUCAUAUGCGACUGGGCGCGAGAGAUGAUUGACUUGCGUAUCAAGCAGGUGCCAUUGUCCUGUACCUGGUCGAAGAUCAUUCUGGCUGGGGAAGUCCGGAAAAAGCAGAGGUUGGAGGAAGAAGCGAAGCGGCGGGACAGGGCCCAAAAGGUGGCAGAGGUGAAGAGGGACUUGCAGCCACUCAUUGUAGAGUCCAAGGCGCGCGGCUACGUCGAGAAGAGCCUACUAUGA